AUGCAAAGAGGUUACCUGCAGGACGCAAGCACAAAGUACUUCACACAGAAAAUGACUGAAGCAUUGUACAGGGUUGCUAAAAUAUUUUACACAAUUCUUGCUGCUAUUGGUGUUUUUGUUAAUUUAAUGGGAAUCAUGGUCCUAUCCCGUGGCAAGUGUGGCCUCUCCACAUGCACUACUCGCUACUUGGUGGCAAUGGCAAUGGCAGAUCUACUUUCUAUUAUCAUGGUGGUCAUACUUUGGGAGAUCAGUUGGUAUUAUUUCCCUUGGACAUUUUUGCAUAUCACUCCUGUGUGUACAUCAGUUGCAGUCUUGAUGUCUGUGGCCGUAGACUGUUCUGUCUGGUUCACUGUCACUUUCUCUUUUGAUCGAUUUGUAGCCAUUUGUUGCCCAAAGCUGAAAACCAAAUAUUGCACCAAGAAAUCUGCAUCUGUAGCUCUAGCUGCAACCUGUAUUUUGCUGUGCUUAAGGAACAUACCCUUCUCCUUUAUAUAUGAGCCUUGGAAGGUAAUCAACAAUGUUCCAUGGUACUGUGAUCCAAAGCCAAGCUAUUAUACUGAUCCUGGAUGGGUGGCAUUUGAUUUGUUUGAUAAAAUUAUCAAUCCUUUAAUCCCUUUUGCACUAAUCCUAUUAGUCAAUGCUCUGAUGGUAAGACACAUUGUAGUAACUAGCCGUGUCCGUAAGGAACUGAGGAGUCAGAUCAAGGGGGAUAAUCAUUUUGAUCCAGAGAUGGAGAGCAGAAAGAAGUCUAUGAUUUUGGUCUUCACAAUUUCUGGCAGUUUCAUCAUCCUGUGGCUGCUGUCUGUCAUUGAAUUAAUUUAUCAUAAAAUUAUGCAAAAAGAUCCUGAGGAUUACAAUGAUUCUGAAUAUAUACUUCUACAAGUCAGUCAGAUGCUGCGGAAUUUAAACAGUUCUACAAAUGCAUUUAUUUAUGGGAUUACUCAGACCAAGUUCAGGCAGCAGCUCAACAGUGCAGUUAAAUAUCCAUUCACAGCAAUCAUGCGACUAAUGAAGAAAUAAAACAACUGACACCUAUCAAAAUUCACACCUGUAUUUGUGUGCACAUCCAGCAGAAUAUAUGCUAGUGUUUGACUUUAUUGUGUGCAUUAGCCAGAGCACUUAUGCAUUUCUCUUUCUGUGUAUCUGAGUUUGUCUGUCUCUGUGCCUUUAAUAUAUGUGCGCUAUGUUCAUCAGUUUGUACCUUUUGAUUUUAUCUGCUGCAUUUUGUUUUGGUCUGCCUAUUUAAAAACAAGAAAAAUUACUCCCAGGUCAUUGGUGCUGCUGGUUGGCCAGCAUUUAUUUCCCAUUCUUGAUCACGGUUGAGAAGGCUUGACGAGCCAAAGGGCCUGUUCCUGUGUUGUCAUUUUCUUUGUUUUUUGUGAUGGUGAGUUGCCAUCUUGAACCUUUGCAACCUAAGUGCUUUAUGUUGGCCACAAUGCCCUUUGGGAGAGAAUUCUAGAAUUUUGACACAGAAGCAGCGAGGUAACCUUGAUAUACUUCCAGGUCAGAAUGGUGAGUAGCUCGCACAGGAAUAUGCAUUUUGCAGUGUCCUCAUGUAUCUGUUGCUCUUGUCCUUCCAAAUGGAAGUGGUAAUGGGUUUGCAGGUAUUGCCAUUGAGGGGGGAUCGAUAUCCCGGAAGCCCCUCCCUAAUGACAUUGUUGGUCAAACCGCAACAGGUGGGCUGCAUUGAUUCAAGAAGGCAGCUCACGAACAUUUUUUCAAUGGCAGCGCCAUACAGGCAACAACUGGUGGCCAGGCAGUGAUACAAACAUCUCACAACUGAUUUCUAAAAAGCCAGGCAGACUGAAUCAAAUGGGCUGAAGACUGGUAUCUGUGAUUCUGGGGGCCACUGGAAGGCGCUGACCUGCAUCAUCUACUUGGUGCUUCUGGCUGAAGAUUGCUGCAAAUGCUUCAGCCUUAUCUUUUGCACUGAUGACCUGGGCAGUUCUAUUAUUGAAGAUAGGGUAUUUUUUGAGUGCCUGGCUCAUUAUGUGUGGAUGCAUGUCCAACUGGAAGUGUUUACCAGGCGUUUUUGUUAUUGUGUUCUCUGUUUUGUUUUGUCAUUGCUUCUGCCUCUGUCUCUUUAUUUGUUAGUUCAUGUGGCUGCCUCAGUUAAUUUAGCUUUUAGCGCUCGUGUGUUUCCGUCUUCGGUGGGAGUCUACCUUAGUUUUUACAUUGCUGACAGUUAAUGUGCACGCACAUGUAUGCGAGGAUAAGAAAUAUAAUGUCAUUGUCUGUGAAUAUGCAUAUGUGUGCAUAUUUGUGCGUACGUGCAUGUGUGUGUGUCAGAGAGAAUGCUAAGAACAUCAAGUUUGUGUGUGGCUAUGUAUGCAUGACAUCACGUAUAUCUGUUUGCAUUUUUGUGUUUCUCCUCUCACCUCUGUGUCUAUUUAUUGCUCUGUUUGUGUCUCAGUUCUGUUUACAUACAUAAGUGUGUACUAAAUAAAAACUGAAAGAACUGAGGAUGCUGUAAAUCAGAAACAAAACAGAAGGUGCAUGAAUAGCUCAGUAAAUGUGGCACCAUCUGUGAAAAGAACCAGAGUUGAUGUUUCGGGUCUAAUAACCAUUCUUCAGAAGGCUGUGUAUUUAUAUGGCUUUCUCUCUGAAUUUGUAUGUUUGCAUUUAUGUAUGUUUGUGCAAUGGAAUAUCUGUGUUUACCAGGUUAAUGAGUUAGAAACAUAGAAACUAGGAGCAAGAGAAGCAACAGUACACCUUUAUUCCUUUAAAAUCUAAACAAAUGAAACUAAGCCUUUCUUGAAUAAAUUAAAUGCCUUCACUAGCAUUGAUGAAUUCCAGUGGAUUGCCACUCUUUGAAUGACUAACUCUUUCCUCAAUGCUGUCACACAUCGUCGACCACUUAUAGUGUGAAUGUGUCCACUGGGUCCAGAGUCUCCAGCAUA